AUGCCAUUAAAAAGCGGAAAGCGAUUCAAGGCCUAUUUAGGAGGCGUUAAAUUGUUUGAUACAAGUCUGUUAUCCGAUGCAGAAACCUCCGAAGAUGAAAGCACGGUGUUGAGACCCCAAUCUGGAGGAAUAAGAUGGAAUUUAGCUAGAUAUGCGGCAGUUGGCACUGAUUUCCACGAUGGAGUCGUAGUGGAGGCAAGAAAUGGUUGUAUAGUAUCCAAAGCCACAAACGCCAUUUCAAAAGAGCAUUUUAAAGAAAAUAGCGAACUUACAGAACUCACAGAACUAUCGGCUGGUAGUUCAAGUGACUUUGAUACAACUCCUAUGGCAUGCAGAGAAGAAGAGAACUUUAUUCAAAAACCAAAAAAUCAGCUUUUGCCUGUGGUAAAGCCCGACACCGAGUUGAUAACUCCAGAACAGAUGACGAAUUUGUAUGCCCCCUGGAAUACUGCUUUACUGAUUGCAAACACUAUUCAUAUGGCAGCACACCCACCAAAAUCAAAUAUCACUCUGCUAGAAAGAGCCAAGAAUAGAUGCAAAUUCGAUUUGUUUAGUGGAAAAUUGUUCAAUUCAUUGAAAAACCGCCAGAAGUACUUCUGA